AUGGCUGGCGUCUUUAGACCUUGCGGACAAGACAAAAAAGUACAUAACCCCUUCCAGAAUAACUCGAACAUCUGUCGCCACACUGCAAUUUCAGUUGAGGCCUUAGUAGUAACGACGACUGGCCUCACUAUCCCGGCUAGUCUCACUGCUCUGCUGACUUCCCCCGCCGCUCACAUUGACAACAACAAGCGGUUGCGACCUUUGCCGCUCCUGCUCGCGUUCUCUUUCACGCUCGGCUUCGCGGUCAGCUUCUCGCUGUUCAUGGUAGGCAUCUUGGCUGCAUCCAUAGACGCAGUAGGUCUGAGAGUCCUUGAUCUCGCGGUUGCAACCGGGGCAGCCUUUCGUCAUGGUUGCGGUUUGGUGUUGUAG